AACAUAUUAGAGUCAGUUAUUUCUUUUAAUAACAUGAAUGAAAGACAUCGUUAAAUGAUUAAAAGUUUUAAUUGCCCAUAUCUUAGCUGCAUAACAAUCUGCUUAAUGUUACAAAUAUGUAUCUUAAUGUAAACAGUUAAAAGGUAACUGUUUAUGAAUAUCAUUUAAAGUUGUAUCCUUUUUUUCAAUACCUGUCUACAAAUAUAUGUGUGUUGUAAAAGUUGAAAAUGUACUGUAAAUACAUAAAACAACUACUAGAAAGUACAAUACAAAAUAAUAUUGCUGUAUAAUAGGUUAUUAAUACAAAUCUUUCAAGCAGGCCAAGUUAUUUUGAGCAUACCUUGAAGGUUGAUUGCCAACCUCAGAAAUUCAGAAUCUACUUCUUCAGUUUUAUAUAUGAAAACAAUUUUGAUUAAACUUGUUUAAAAAUGGACCCAGAUUCUGCAGAAAUGGUGAACGAAAUCAAAAACAAGGUAAUAUUGCAUUGGAACUGUAGAGGUCUGAUGGAGUUCCCUGAUGCGAUAAGGAUCUAUGGGAGCCACAUUCAAGAAAUAUAUUUGAAAUGGAAUAAACUCACUACAUUACCUCCAUGGAUUAUAGAACUCUUUAAUGUUACAAAUAUAUAUCUAUAUGGAAACAUGAUCAAAGAAAUUCCUUCAGAACUAUGCCAAAUGAAUCAGUUAACAGUCCUUGAUUUAAGCUCUAAUAAAUUGGAAAAACUACCUUCCUGUAUAGGAUGUUUAAUUAACUUGAAAUCUCUAUUAUUAAAUGAAAAUUGCAUAGAUAGAUUACCAACUGGUAAGUUCAUAAGAAUUAUAUUCACCCUUACAUUUAAAUUGAUUCUUGAUAUUGUUUUUGUAGAAAUGAACAAAAUGCAUAACUUGGAAAUUUUAUCUAUCGCUGGUAAUAAAUUUGUUGUAUUGCCAGAAUGGAUAGGUUCCUUGCCUAAGUUAAAAGAAUUAAAUGCAGACAAUAAUCACUUGAAGGAACUACCUAAUAGACUUACCUUAUCACCAAAACUAUCAGUAAUUUCUGUAUGUUCUAACAGGCUAAGGUAUUUACCAUUAAACGGAUUUGUAUCAUCUCCUUGCAUUAGAUUCGAUGGAAAUGUCUGCUUGAAUUAUUUGUCAUAUCCGCUUCUUUAUCAAUUAACUUCUCAAGUUCAAGACUCAUUUAUGUAUGACCAACGAACUGUUUUAGGAUAUGGAUGCUUUAAAACAUAUUGUGGAAGCAAUGUAUUACAUACAAAUAUAAAAUUGAACAUAAAAAUAAAUACUAUAACUGGGAGGGAUACCAAUUUUAUGAUUGAAUUACCACGCCAACUUUUAAAAGUUAACAAUCUGUACGAAAAUACAGUUGUUUCUCUGUGGGAAUUGGCUUUGAGAAAAAUUUAUACUGAAAGGUAUAAACAUACGCUUAACAUAUCUACAUCACCUAUAAAUAUAAAUGUUCAGUAUGAACCAGUUGCCAUAAGUAAUUGUUAUCAACUUGAUUUUCCAAUGUAUUCGAUAAAUUAUGGUUUUUAUAACUUGCUAAUAAACGGACCAACUAGUAUUUGUGUUAACUCUCCAUGCCAGCAACCAAUCUUUACAGAAGCUUGGGUUAUUGUUGGUAUAAGUUAUUGUACGGAGUCCAUAACAACAGUUGCACUAUGCUGUUGUAAAAGAUGUGCAUCUGAAUUUUCUAAACAUUCCAAUAUGACGAUUAGUCAUAACUGGUAUUGUAUAAAUUAAUAGUACCUUAUUUAGUAAAUAAUUGUGUAAAUAGGAAUAUAAAAAUAAAAGAAUUUAAUGUUUUCGAA